AUGGCCAAUCCCGUCCAACCCCCUCCUGCACCAAUGGCCAAUCCCGUCCAACCCCCUCCUGCACCAAUGGCCAAUCCCGUCCAAUACAAGUGGCUGCCCGGCCCCGUAGGCGAGAUGCUCCGGUCCGCUUCGCUCGCCACCACCGCCACGAUUCCCCUGGGCAGCACAUCCCUCGUGGUGACGACGGGACAUGUGGGCGUCAAUAUCAACACGGGCGCGCUCGUGCAUAGCUCCCUCGAAGCCGAGUUCCACGCCGUGCUCGACUGCCUGGACGCCGCCCUGCUGCACGCGGGUGUGGAGCGUGGCCUGGCCGCGGCACACAAGAUUACGGCGUACUUUACGGCAAGGGAGUGUGAAGAUGUCAUGCUCGGGGUGUUUCGGCAGCGUUUUCCAGGACACACGCCGACGUGGGCCUCCGUGGUGGUUGUCCAACUCGUCAACCCAGGGAUGCACGCUGAGCUCCAGGCGGAGGCUAUUGCAAGCUGUGGCACUCAAGGGAAUGGAAAUUGA